CGCGGUCUAGUUUGUGACCACAACCACAAACACAAACCCCGCUGUUAAUUGAGUGUCCGAGGGAGGCUCCUAUUUCCAUUACUGGGUUGGUUUGUUGUCAGGGAAUCUCCUUGUAAUUUCCUCUUGUUGUUCCAAACAUGGCCGCUCUCAUCAUAUAUUGCAACCUUUUGCUCUUCAAAAGUUGAUGAAACCAAACCAAACCCAUCCUUGUCAUCGCAGACACUCUGUUUCUUGCCCAGGAAACUUGGGAGACUUGUCUAUUCUUCUCUAAUUGAGAGAAGAAACCCGUCUCGAAUCUCCCAAAAUUACUCCUCUUUCCUUUGAUUUUCCUUCAUUUUCUUGACCUAGGAAAAAAUGAAGAAACACCCAAAGUUGUUUACAAUGAAAUCAGAGGACAAAAAGCUAGAGCUCAGGCUUGGUCCUCCUGGAGAUUACAACACCACCAACACAACAACAAAUGGAGCCAAAGCAGUAGUAGUUCUUGAGGAGAAAACAGAGAGAAACAGCUCUUCUUAUAUUCCGUACCCAUUGACGACCCAGAUGGGGCCUUUUAUGGGACUGGAUUCAGUGGUGGAGUUGCAGUGCUCAGAUAACAAGGCAGUUGCAGUAUCUGCAAGUCCUGCUAGUGCAGAGACUCUGACAAAUAGUUCUCAUAAAAGAACUGCAGCUGCUCCUAUUGUGGGUUGGCCACCGGUUCGCUCAUUCAGGAAGAAACUCACAGACAACUAUGCAUCGAAACUGGACUCCGAGUCACCAAAGAAAAUUGCAGAGAAUGUGAAUGGCAAAGACUCUGAAAGUCAGAAGAAACAACACUUGUUUGUGAAGAUCAAUAUGGAAGGUGUCCCAAUUGGAAGAAAAGUGGAUCUGAAAGCCUACGAUAGCUAUGAGAAGCUCUCAGUUGCUAUAGAUGAACUCUUCAGAGGUCUCCUUGCAGCUCAAGGAGAUUCAUGUGCUGCUGGAAGUGAAAUCGAAGCGGAUGAAUCGAAAGGAAUUGCAGGUUCAGGGAGUGGGAAAAAUGGAGAAUACACUCUAGUUUAUGAGGAUUAUGAAGGUGACAGAAUACUUGUUGGGGAUGUACCGUGGCACAUGUUUGUGUCAACGGUGAAGAGACUGCGUGUGUUGAAGAGCUCAGAACUUUCCGCUCUUCCAAAUAACAAGGGAGAGGAAGAAAAGACAGCACUUUGAUUCUGCAGUGGAGGAAUGCAAGAUCAAUCAACUAUUAUGGGCACAAAUAUCAGAUCAAGCCUGGCUUUUGUUUUUCUUUUCACAAUUUGCUUGCCUUUGCAUCUAAGCAAUUGUGACAUGUAAUUGAAUUAGUGCUUGUGUUUGGUGGAGAGGGAUUUGUUGGGUUUUGAAGUAAGUGAUAAGUGGUAUGUGAUGUAUGUAUUUCAUAUCAGUUGGCUUUUAUCUGUAUCUUGUAAUUGGUUGUACAUGAAAUGCUUAUGUGUUGAAAUUGGUUGUGUAUAUACAUGAAAUUCUUUUGUUGGGUCUA